GUCUACUAUUCACACCCUAUUGACUUGCACUGUCAUCUGCAGACACAUGCACUAUAGGCAUCCCUGCUCCCCGCCUCGCACCCCUGAGCCUGAUAGCCUGGACAUGGGAGAUAUCACAGAGAGAGCUGGGGCAUGAAAAGACCGACCACCACUUUGGGUUAGACCAGUGUUUAGUGUGAAACUGCAUUUGUGGGUGACAGAAUGGCCAUGUCAGAACAGCUAGAAAGUGGAGAGGGCUGUUCCUCCAAGUCGUUCAAACUGUACUCCCCCAAGGAGCCCCCCAACGGUAGCACUUUCCCCCCCUUUCAUCCCGGCACCAUGCUGGACAGAGACGUGGGUCCCACCCCGAUGUACCCUCCCACAUACCUGGAGCCAGGAAUAGGGAGGCACACACCAUAUGGAAACCAGACUGACUACAGAAUAUUUGAGCUAAAUAAAAGGCUACAGAACUGGACAGAGGACUGUGAUAAUCUUUGGUGGGAUGCAUUCACUACUGAGUUUUUUGAAGACGAUGCCAUGUUGACUAUAACGUUUUGUCUUGAAGAUGGCCCCAAACGUUACACAAUAGGCCGGACGUUGAUUCCCAGAUACUUCCGGAGUAUAUUUGAGGGCGGUGCCACUGAACUUUAUUAUGUUUUAAAACAUCCGAAAGAGUCCUUCCAUAACAACUUUGUCUCACUCGACUGUGACCAGUGCACCAUGGUUACCCAAAACGGAAAACCAAUGUUCACACAGGUGUGUGUAGAAGGGCGCUUAUACCUGGAGUUCAUGUUUGAUGACAUGAUGAGGAUAAAGACCUGGCACUUCAGCAUCAGACAACACCGUGAGCUCAUUCCUCGCAGUAUACUGGCCAUGCAUGCCCAGGACCCACAGAUGUUGGACCAGUUGUCCAAAAAUAUUACAAGAUGUGGCCUGUCCAACUCCACCCUAAACUACCUCCGACUAUGUGUUAUUCUGGAGCCCAUGCAGGAGCUCAUGUCGAGACACAAGACGUAUAGCCUCAGCCCCAGAGACUGCCUCAAGACCUGCCUCUUCCAGAAAUGGCAGAGGAUGGUGGCACCCCCUGCUGAGCCCUCAAGACAGGCCCCUAACAAGCGGCGGAAGCGUAAAAUGUCAGGAGGCAGCACAAUCAGUGGAGGAGGGACCAAUAAUAACAACAACAACAAAAAGAAGAGUCCAGGGAGUGGAUUUCCUCUGUCCAGUCAAGUCCCAGAUGUAAUGGUAGUAGGGGAGCCCACACUGAUGGGAGGAGAGUUUGGGGACGAGGAUGAGCGUCUCAUCACGCGGCUGGAGAACACACAGUUUGAUGCAGCCAAUGGCAUCGAUGAUGAGGACAGCUUCAACAACUCCCCAGCCCUUGGCUCCAACUCGCCCUGGAACAACAAGCCCCCCUCCAGCCAGGAGAGCAAAAGUGACAACCCCACCUCACAGGCGUCACAGUAGAGCCCCGCCCACAACCUCAAAAAGACCCCACGUCUGCCCACCCUCUGCCCUACACCUUCACCUCAGCCGCCAACAUCAACAAUCCAGGCAUCAUACAGCAAACACAGGCCAAUGUCACUAACAAGUUUGGAGGUCAUUGUUGUCAUUUGGAGUUGCCCCAUCACUUACAGUAGGUAAACUGAAUCAGAAGAUGUUGUACUAAAGGGUGGGGUGCAGCGGGUGGCAAGUGAGGUCUCGCAGAGGUGCAGAGUUGGUUAGGGACAACCCAUGCACCGGUCUGAACGUGGCUCUUGGUUCUGGUCAUUUUAAGGCUUAGCUGCUUGAGAUGAGCGUUCAUAAAGUAUAUAUGUGUUUUUGAAUGAGUGAAUGAAUGAAAUGUUAGCUUGGGUGUGUUUGUGGUUUUGCUUAAACAGACCAGAAUGAAGAACCAGUCCAUAAUGACUUUAAAUAUUCACACACAACUCUAAAAGCUAUGUGGCACUAGGGAAUGAAUCAAACAUUGAAGGACAUACCUAAGGGUUAGAGCCAUCUCUGCUUCAGACUAAAGUCAGAGAGCGUACACACACACACACACACACACACAGUAACACAUUUUAAGAGUUUUUAUACAGUAUAUAUUUCCCUAGAAUGUUUUUUAAUUUGUAUUAAACGCCUUCAUUUCAAUUGUUAACUUUUUUUAUUUUCUACCAAUACUGAAAAGCUACAGACCAAGGAGCAACACAGGACUUUUAUCCCUACCCCUCUAAAGUAUAUUGUUUUUAUCUUUUAUGUUUAUAAAAGAGAAAUAAUUUAGUGUGGAUGUUUUUAUUUUGUCUUUUGUUUCCUUUUUUGGAGAUUUGAAUUUUUGUGUAUUUGUGCUUGUAUAUUUAAGGUAGUAGCAAAGUUCUGUCUGACUGUAAUAAAAUGUAUUCUUACUUAGAUUUACCUAAAGCCAUCCUGAUCUAAUGUAAAGAAAACAAAAAUUAGCAAAAGCAGAAAAAAACACUCAUCCCAUCCCUUAUGUCCCCUCUGCUCUUACCUCUCCCUCUUUUUUAAAAACGUGUGUAAAUUAAAUUGCAAAAAUCCUGGGGGUACAACGACACCAUGAGGAAAUAAUUUUACUACCUUUUAACUUUUAUUUAUUUGGAGAGUCUCAUGUGUUUCAUGUCACCACACUUUUGUGUACUUCAGCUUUCAACUUGAUGUCAAAGUGAAUGUGUUUGCUGCAUUUGUUACUACACCAGUGAAUUUCAGAGGUUCAACACUGGCUUUUUAAUAGUUUUGUCCAAAUAUACAUUUUUUGUACUUAUCAUACUCAUUAAACAUCAGAUUAUCUAAAACCAGCUAGACAUUAAUUUUAAAUCGGCAUAUUUGGUAGCAAUGCUGAAUCUGUGGAAUGAAGAGGCUGAAGCUCUUGUUUUGUACAUUUACAUUUUAUCUCAGUUCAGAUUUUGGUUCAGUUUUAAAUGGUGACUUGUACCUUUUCCAAAACCCUGUAGAAAAAAAUCAUUGUUUGAUAUAUAUAUAUUUUUGAUUUGGUUAGUUUCUGCCCUUGAUAAUUAAUGUAUGGUACCAAUAAAAGAUACAUUUUCACUUUA